AACACACAACAGAACCAAACCAGCGCCCGCGGUCAGUGACCGAGCUAGCCUUCCCGAUGCACCACGGCGGCGGCGGGGGAGGGAGGAGCAGCAGCCGCCUCCGGGACCGCCUGGCCCGGAUGUUCCGCCCGGCCUCGCUGCUCCGCUCCACCUGCAACACCACCGCCUCCGCCUGCUCAUCCUCCUCCUCCUCCACUGUCACCCCGGGCGCCGCGGCGUCCUCCAAGGCGCCGCCGCCGCCGGCCUCCGCGUGCUCCUCCAGCCGGGCGCUGCUCGCCGCGGACGCCGCCGUCGCGCGCGACGGCAGGGACUUUUUGCUCGCCUCGUCACGCCGCGACCUCGCCGCGGCGCCCGUCGGCCGCACCGAGUCCUUCUCCACCGCCGUCGACCGCCUCAACCGCCGCGCCGGUGCCGCGCCGCCGUCGCGCUUCUCCGUCGACGCGCCGCCGCUGCUGGAGACCAGCGCCAAGGACAAGAGCCCUCGCGAGUACCGCCUCGGCGGCAAGAAUAACAGCAGCGACAAGAUGAAGAUGAAGCUGCUCUCCAACCCCUACGGCUUCAGCACCUCGGACGACGACGACGACGACGCCCACAGCGACGUCUUCAGCAGCGACGCCGAGGACCUCGCCGGCCGUGGCGGGGCCGCCAAGAAGCUGACAAGCGAGUCGGCGGAGACAUUCUUCUGCUCCUCGCGGAGCUUCUCCUCCGACUCCUCCGAGUUCUACACCAACAAGAAGAAGACCAAGACCAGGAGGUCCCCCGCAGCCGCCUCCAGCAAGCCGCCGCCGCCCAAACCUCCGAAGCAGCAGCGGGGCCAGGCCGCCGGCAGCAGGCGCCACCGCCGCGCGGCGAGCAGCGCCUGCGACACGUGCGGCGUCCGGGACGGCUUCCGCCCGGUCGUGUGCGCGGCGGAGGAGCAGGUGCGCAAGGGCUUCGCGGUGGUGAAGCGGUCGCGGGACCCCUACGCGGACUUCCGCUCCUCCAUGGUGGAGAUGAUCGUGGGGCGGCAGCUCUUCGGCGCGCCGGACAUGGAGCGCCUGCUGCGCUCCUACCUCUCCCUCAAUGCGCCGCGCCACCACCCCGUCAUCCUCCAGGCCUUCUCCGACAUCUGGGUCGUCGUCCACGGCGGCUAGCGGCUAGCUAGCUAACCUGCAGCCUCAUCAUCAAUAAGCUUAAUUAUUAAGAAUCUUCAUUCUUGGUUAA